UUAUUUCUGAUUGAAUGGCCUUCUGCGAUCGCAGGGGGGAAAUGGGGUUACCACGGUAUACAACCCUUGGUUAUGGUGCCAAACAAUGGUGCUCGGGAGGCGCGAGCCGAUUUCCGCCCAACUGUGGCAAGUCGCCCACCCGGCAGUCGUCUCCAGCCUACCACACCUUACCUUGGCUGGUUCUGGGUCUCUUUCGACCAACUAGAGACCAGUGCUUCGUACCGAACGCUGUUACACCACCAACUCCCAAAACAGCCUUGUUCCUAUUGUUUGCCCCUGGCCUAUAGUCCGUUUUUAUACUUCAGUUUGGCUGGGUGUCUUUCGCACUAUCGUUACCGCCAGGUUGCUAGUCGCUGGGUGCCUCGGACUGUGCUAUUGAGGGCCGAGACGAAGGGGCCGUGGUGGGAUUCCCGGCUCGUCCUUGACCAUGAGUGACAACAGCCGUCCCCCUCCUUUCCCUUUCCCUUCUCAGACUCCAUCUUCGUCAUCGGAUUUGCUGGAAAGUGAUUCCCAGUUUAGUAACCUGGGCGCCUCGCUGAAUCGGCAGCAAACCCAUGGCCUUUCCGGCCCUUACGAGGUGGUGUAUUCUGGCUUUUCUGAGAAUCCAUCGACUGGCUCGCAGAUCAUCGAAUGCGAUCGCUACGGAAGGGUGCGUAUUCCCAGGUCGGCCAAUUCGACUGCCUGGACCAGUAGCGGACGCGUUAGUCGAGCCUGCGAGAAUUGUCGUGAACAGAAGGCCAAAUGUAGCGGUCACCGCCCGACGUGUCAACGGUGCCAGGAAGCGGGCAUCCGCUGCUCUUAUGGUGACCGCAAACGAGAGAAGGUGGCCAAGCAGCUUAACGAUCUGACAACCCAGGUCAAGGCAUAUGAGGACUUGCUACGAGAGCUGUCGCCCAAGCUGGACUCGGAAGCGGCGAGGCAAGUCGAGCAGAUUUUAAAUGAAACACAGCAAAAUUUCGAUGAGGACCUGCCUGUUGAUCCUCAGGUAACAACGUCUGCGUCAACGGCGCCAGUCACGGAUGGUGCGUCAGGGUCUAGUGCGACCCCGACUCUCACCAUAGGUGCCCUGGACUACACUAGUGAAGAUUUUGAUCGACAGGCCAUGGGGUUCGUGGGUGAGCACACCGAAAUCGCAUGGCUGUGCAGAUUGAAGCGACUCAUUCGACGCUCGAACCCUGCUACAGAGAACCAUGGCGACUCUAUUGCUUCUGCGAGCUUCUACUUGGACGAUUCGGAGAUCCCUCUCAUCAAAGAUGUAGACCCAAUCAAACGGCCCCCUCUCGCAACUGCUCAGCAGCUCCUGGACACCUACUUCACAAUCGUGCAUGCAUCAUUUCCGAUUGUUCGCAGAUCCUUUAUCAUGAGACAGACUAUCCUCUACUAUAAUUCUCCUUCUGUUGGACCUGGGGUUGGGCCUGGAAGGAAGUGGCUUGCUAUGCUCAAUCUGAUCUUCGCGAUCGCCGCCAAAUUCACCAACUCUCCAUCCGAUGACGCCGAAGAGUGGCCUGAGGACAGUGCUGUGUAUUUCGCACGAGCACAGAAACUCGGAGUGAUCGGAACGGUGCUUUUAGAACAUCCUGAUUCGCAGCAGGUGCAGGUAGAGGGACUAACAUCCUUCUACCUUCUGUCCAUUGGGCAAGUGAAUCGAUCCUGGAAAAUUUGUGGCUACGCCAUCCGUUCGGCUGUAACCUUGGGGUUUCACCUUCGAAACGAAAGCGACAUCAGGAACGUCAUGAAAGAAACAAAAUACACUGUCUGGUGGUCUCUCUAUUUGCUGGAUUGCUCGCUUUGUGUUAUGACUGGUCGCCCGCCUAGUAUCAACGACGAUUUUUGCACAACACCACUGCCGGUGCCCUUCACAGAAGAAGAAUUCGAUGAUAAGGAACAGUUGAUCGCCCUUCCCGAAGUUCGGAAUGCUCUCAUAAAAUUCCUAUGUCCCGGAAAUCCACAGAUCUUCGAUGAUAAAGGUUCGCCUGGAACCUCCGGCGUCCAAGUGCUCGACUCGGGGAAGAAGAGCGAACAGGAUGUGACUGGUAUCAUCGAGUCUCUAAAAUCGACGCCCAACUCUGCGCUUUUUUUCCUAUAUAUUGUCGACUUAGCCACCAUUAUGCAUGAAUCCGUUGAAGCUCUGUAUGCUCCAAGGGCAGCUCGCAGGCCAUUGCUUGAGAUCGAGGGAGCCAUCUCUACUCUGAACAGCAAAGUGGAUGCUUGGCUUGCGAGACUCCCAGUGGCCUUUCACUUGUCGCAGGGAACAGAGGCAUUGCAGAGAGAGCGGACAAAUCUGGCAUUUCGCUUCUAUAGUGCCAAAAUUCUUAUAACACAGCCUUGUCUCAUCCAACUUUCUCAGGCAACUGACAUCAACGAACCCCCGGGAAGUUUCUGUGAGAUGAUGGCGAUGAUGUGUGUGGAGUCGGCACACCAGAUGCUUGAUCUGUUGCCUGAUUCAUUCGACCUUGCCUGGGUCCAUCGGGUCUCUCCUUGCUGGCAUCUUUUGCAUUACCUAAUGCAGUCGACCACGAUCCUGCUUCAUGCGUUAUUGCUUACGAAGAAGCCAGGAAGCGCCGACUAUCGGAAAGUCCUUGAUCGGGUGGAAAAGUCAGGUCGUUGGCUGACGGAGAUGUCUCUGGAAGAUCCGUCUGCUGAACGGGCUUGGCUCACGUGCGGAGAACUGAUUUCCGAGAUUGUCCCUGAACUCAAAAUUAGAAUCAGUACUGAUUCUAGAUCGCAACUGACUGAGCGUCCUAUGGUCGGCUUGUCUGCUGCGAAGAAACCUCGUGCGUACUGACUGACUCUGCCGGUGGUCACUAGUGCUAUCCUCAUUUCAGUGUGCCGAAAAGGACAAGCGAAAACCAAUUGUUCCAAGGAGGCUCCAUUCCCCACAUCCUCUGUUGGUCCUGCGGCUUCGGCUCUGCAACAAGGUUACAUUGUCCCCCCUUAGCUGAUUCAAUUACGCCCCAACCCUACAUAUACCCCUUCAUAGAAUUGGAAAAGGUCUCACGCUGUCAGUUGAUCUGAUUUUGAACCUUGAAU